CACCGACCCUAAGCAUGAGCCCAUGCGCUUCUCACUCUUACCCCUCACCAUCGUCGCGCUCGUUGCGCCGUUCAUCGACGCGCAGCAAGCGCCACUAAGUCCCCACGCCACAGCGACGACCCUCGUCGACGCACUUAACGCUGAUCCGGACUAUACUUCCCUCCUCAAGCUCCUCCAGCGCGCGCGCCUCAUCCCGACGCUCAACCGCCUCAAUGGCAGUACCCUCUUCGCACCGACGAACGAUGCCAUUGAGAAGCACAGGCUAUGGAAUACGUACCUGGACAACGGAGACGAUCUGGUAGACAACGUCAGGGAGGAACUACGCCAGCAGCUGUUCUACCACCUGCUGAACUACUCGCUCCCUGUGCCAGAGGAAGACCGGAUACUCGUCAUGAAGACCCUGCACUACCCUCACUCCCCCACUGAGCACCCCACGCCACAACCACCCCCAAGUCCGCCCUGGAUGCCUGUCCCUAACGGCACCCUGGGCCACGAGCCGCAGCGCCUGCGCCUCGCGGCCCACGGCGAAGAGGCGCUUGUUGGCGUUGACGCGUCUGGAAAGGGUGGUGCCUCCGUAGUCAAGGGCAGGGUCGACGCAGGGAACGGCAUACUGCUCGGCAUCGACGACGUCCUCGAGCCACCGAAGCGCUUAGCCGACGUCAUCCCCACUAAGGAUUCUAUAUCGUACUGGAACAAGAUAAUGACGCCCGAGAUCACUGUGCUGCUUAACAACACCGACGAGCUGACGGUCUUCCUGCCGCGCGAUGAUGCAUGGGAUUCCCUCGACAAGCUGGAGAGGCUAUACCUCGAGAGCGAGUACGCGACCGAUGACCUACUGAGGAUCCUGAACAUGCACGCUGUAGUCCAGGAUGGUGUGAAGUGGUCCGACUCGUUCGAGCCUGCGACAAACCUCACCACCCUCGACGGAUCCACACUCGAAAUCGUCGUCGCACCCGAGAAGACGAUGGUUGGCUCCGCACAACUUGUCCACCCUGACAUCUACGCCGCAAAUGGUGUCGCCCACAUCGUUGACGGCCUGCUCAUCCCGCCAAACUCCCUGCAGAUCACCCCUGAGAAGUACUUGCUCGCACUCAACUGCAGCAAAUUCAUCUCGCUCCUUCAUUCUGUCAACCUGACUGGCCUAGUUAAUGACACGGAAGCCAAGUACACCAUUCUUGCACCACAGGACGAUGUCAUCUCCCUUUUGAAGGACGAUGAUGAGCUUCCUGAGCCUGGUACGGAGGAGCUGAAGAACAUGUUGAGAUAUCACUUCCUCCCCGGCCGUUGGACCCCGAAGAAGCUCAAGGACGGCAUGCUUCUGGAGACUGCGCUCGAGGAGGAGGGUCUGGACGGCGGUCGGCAGGUGCUGAGCGUCGAAGUCAGCGAGGACGACAUCCAGGCCGACAAGCACCAGAGCAUCCGCUUCGGCGGUGCAAAGGUGCUUGGAGAAUACAUCGAAGUCAACAACACCCUCAUCUACUUCGUCUCUCGCCCCGUCACCCCGCCCGUCGACGCGCUUUCCGCCGCCCUACCCUCCCUCGACCUCAGCAGCUUCCUCGCCGCCGUCUUCUCCACCAACCUUGCCGACGUCCUCAAGGCCACGCCGCGCACCACCAUCCUCAUGCCGCACAACGCUGCCUUCAAGCGCCUCGGCGCCCUCGUCUCUGCGCAUCUCCUCUCCCAAGGCGCUGCUUCCAAGGCCGACCUCGAGCAGAUCAUAUUGCAUCAUACGCUGGAUAGCGUGCAAUACGCGGGCGAUCUGGACAAGGGGGCGCAGCACACGUACUCGACGCUGCAGGGGUCGGAUGUGGAUUUGGUGAGGGAGGAGAAUGGGACUUUGAGUCUGAGGCCAAGCGGCGGGUGGCCUGGGAUGCGGGCGACGGUGUAUCCCAAGGACACGCUGACCAAGACGGGUGUUGUACAUGAAUUGAGCGACUUGUUAUUCCCGCGGUCGGUGCACUUGACGCUACCCAAGCUCAUCAAGGCGGCUCAAGGAAGCACGAUGAGCACGCUGAUCAGCAAGGCUGGCAUGGACUGGGUCCUCAAUGGCACUGCGCCCCCGGAGGGUAGCCCUUGGGCAGAUAGGGUUCCCGAGGGUGCGACUUGGACAAUCCUCUGUCCGACCGACGACGCCUUCAAGUCGGUCAACCUCACAGAGCGGUAUGCGAAUAUUGAGGACCUCCAGAAGACCGUCGAGCAGCACCUCAUCUGGAUACCUACCUCCAAGCUCGAUGCUGAUGCCCCACCCAUUGAGAACCGCCCCAUCUCACUCGAUGACGAUCCCGAAUACCCCACCCUUCGUGGGCGCGACUCUGACUUUGAGGAGGGUGGAAUCACGUUCAAGAAGCAGGGCGACGACGACGAAGGCACUGGGUACGACGUCGGCAUUCUGGGCGCAAGAGCUUGCCAGGGGACGGACUCUGCGCGCGUCCUGGCGUGGGGAAGGACAACUGGCGGGCUGGGCGGCGGUGUUAUACAGAUCAAUCGCUUGCUCGAGCCGUGCGAGGUGCCGUGGCUGCUGAAGUACGGUCCGCCGGUAUUUGUGGGCGUGCUGGGUGUGGCUGCAAUCUGUGCUUUCUUCUUGGGUGUCCGUUGGGUUUGGCAACGCGACGUGACUGAGGCGACAUACGAGCCUGUUGGUGGAUUUGACAGGUCGGACGAGGAAGCAUAGACAAUGAACAUGUAUACUUUCUUCUCGAAGUUCUCAACGUCUCGGUCUGAAUCAUCCAUAUCCUACGUACAAUUUACAUAUCCUCGCACCAUCCUUUGAUUAUUUUCUGGCAGACAACUGACCUUGUAGCAAUAUAAUAUAACCGUGAAUUAUGUAUAUGCAUAUUGCGAGUGAUUUUC